AUGCCUCAAGCUCAGCCGGAGUUAAAAAAGUAUAUGGAGAAGCGGUUGUUUGUCCAGCUGAAUGGCAAUCGCAAAGUUAUUGGACUCCUUCGAGGAUAUGAUGUACGAUGUUCUCAAUACCCUAUAGCUCGUCGCGGGUGUGUUAUGAGUCUAACACUCGAGCAGGUCUUCAUGAAUAUUGUCCUGGAUGACGCUGUGGAAGAGAAGAAUGGAGGUGAAAAGGUCCCGCUAGGCAUGGUGGUCAUUCGUGGAAACUCAGUAGUCAUGCUAGAGGCACUCGAGCGUAUCAGUGACCGAUGA